AUUUUCCGUAAGCUUCUCGAAUCUCAAACCCAGUGUGUACCACCUCCAAACCCUAACCUAACCAAAACAUCCUCUUCCUCUUCCUCUUCCUCUUCCCCGCAGGGAGCCUCAUCGCACUGCUCCACAACUUCACAUCUUCGCUCAAUUCGAUUGUUCCUCAAUUUCAUUGGAAAUAUAUCAACUUCAAUUUUUCAUUUGAUGCCGAUACAAGAUGCCUCCUAAACAAUCAAAAGCUGAGGUAGCGAAGAAGCAGAAGGUUGUGGAGGACAAAACCUUCGGUCUCAAGAACAAGAACAAGAGCAAAGCGGUUCAGAAAUAUGUCCAGAAUCUCAAGUCAUCCGUGCAGCCCAAAACCGAUCCCAAAAUCGAAGCCAAGAAAAAGAAGGAGGAGGAGAAGGCCAAGGAGAAGGAGCUAAAUGAUUUGUUCAAAAUCGCUGUUAGUCAGCCUAAAGUGCCAGUUGGUGUUGAUCCGAAGUCCAUAUUAUGUGAGUUUUUUAAAGUGGGACAGUGUGCCAAGGGCUUCAAGUGCAAGUUCUCUCAUGAUUUGAAUGUUCAGAGGAAAGGGGAAAAGAUUGACAUAUACAGCGAUCAGCGUGAUGACGAGGACACUAUGGAGGAUUGGGAUCAAGCCACCUUGGAGAAGGUGGUGGAGUCAAAGAAAAACGAGUUUAAUCAGAACAAACAAACUGACAUAGUCUGUAAAUACUUUUUGGAUGCGGUAGAGAAGAAGCAAUAUGGUUGGUUUUGGGAAUGUCCCAAUGGUGGUAAGAAUUGCCACUAUAGACAUGCACUCCCUCCUGGAUAUGUUUUAAAAUCUCAAAUGAAGGCUUUGUUAGAUGAAGAAUCUGAAAAAAUAUCAAUUGAAGAGGAGAUUGAAAAUCAGCGCGCCAAAGUGGCCACUACAACUCCUAUGACUACUGAGUUAUUCUUUCAAUGGAGGAAGAAGAAGACAGAAGAGAGAGAUGCUAAAUUGGCUUCACAACAGGCAGAGAGGGCUAAGAAUGACCGAAUGAGCGGUCGUGAGCUAUUUUUGUCAGAUGCUAGCUUGUUUGUGGAUGAUGAUGAAGCAUAUGACCAGUACCAAAGAGAACCUGAAACUGAACAGAAAGCUGCUGAAGAAGGUCCUAGCUCCUCGGCAGCAGCUGGUGCUGAUGCUGAAGUUCCUGAUCCUGAUGACGAUGAUGAUGAAUUGGACCUUGAUGAGCUGAAUGAACUGGAAGCAAGCUUAUCCAAGACAUCAAUCCAAAUAAAGGAAUAAGGAGCUGAAGCUUAAUCCUGAAAUUAGAAUGUGAUAUUUUUAUACCUCUGUUGAACAUGAGCAUUUGCCUGUAGCCACUCGCUCCCCUAGCUUCCAAGGAAGUUUUUUGAAUGAAGCCUUUGAUGAUGAUAAUGAAAUCACUAUUUGCUGCAUCUCAUUUGGUACCUAUUAGAUGACAGUUUGUGGUACGAUCCACUUUUCUGUACUUAGGUCUCAUUGCACUUACAAUUGACUCUUUUUUAUUUGUGUUUGAGCAUGGUAAACUUGUGCGGACUGUAUCUGAUUUUAUUCUUGAGUUAUACCUAUUUUGAAAA